AUGGCGGCAGCCGUUCCCGGCCUCCCGCCGGGUUCCCGCUGCUCCUCCGCCUCCUCCUCACGGCGGCACCGACAGCCCGGCCCACACCGGAACCCGCCGCCACUUCCGGCCCCGCCCACACAGUCACGUGCCCGCGAAGAAACAACCAAGUUCCCUCCCCCCAACGCACCGGGAGAGGGGCGGGGCAACCGGAAAUCCCGGAGGUCGGUGCUUCGCGGUGGGAGGGCCGGCUCCUCCGCCCACCAGCUCUCUCAGGAGCCGCAGCUGAGCCGGGCCCGGUUUGCUGUAAGUGUUGGCUACUGGAAGGACCCUUACAUCCAGUAUUUUGUGAGACAAGCCAAAGAAAGAAAAGCACCUGAGAUAAAUAGAGGCUACUAUGCUCGUGUUCAUGGAGUCAGUUAUCUGAUUAAAGCUUUCCUAAAGAAGACAGAAUGCAACUGUCAAAUUGUUAAUCUUGGUGCUGGCAUGGAUACCUUGUUCUGGAGAUUAAAGGAUGAAAAUCUUCUCCCUAGAAAAUAUUUUGAAGUGGAUUUUCCGAUGAUAGUUGCAAGAAAAAUACAUAAUAUCAAAUCAAAACCUCCCCUGUCAAAACCAAUUAUGGAAUCCCAUUCAGGGGACUCUCUUCUAAUAGAUUCUCACAGCCUAGACUCCAGUCGAUAUUCCAUAGUAGGAGCAGAUCUCCGUUUCUCAUCAGAUCUGGAGGAAAAGCUAAAGAAACAUAACCUGGAUAUACAUUUGCCAACGCUUCUGGUAGCGGAGUGUGUGCUGGUUUACAUGACACCGCAGCAAUCUGCAAAUCUUUUAAAGUGGGCAGCAAGCACUUUUCCAGUGGCGAUGUUUAUAAAUUAUGAGCAGGUGAAUAUGACGGACCGGUUUGGACAGAUCAUGAUUGAGAACUUGCAGAGACGACAGUGUAACCUGGCUGGAGUGGAAGUCUGCAGAUCCUUAGACUCUCAGAGGGAACGACUGCUGUUAAAUGGCUGGGAAACUGCACGUGCCAUUGAUAUGAUGAAAGUGUACAGCUUUUUGCCACAGGCUGAUGUCAAAAGAAUAGAAGGACUUGAAUUCCUAGAUGAAAAGGAGCUGUUUGAACAACUAAUGCAGCACUACUGCAUCUGCUGGGCUUCAAAGGACAGCAGUAAUCUGGGUCUCGCAAACAUCACCUUCUAGUGCAUUUGCUGGAGGGAGGCCGUGGGCCCAGACGCCGCAGCGGCUGAGACAAGAUCAGGGAAGCGAUGGGACCCUGCAUGUGCCCACACCAGUCUGCGCGUCUGUGUAAGCAGUGCCGGUACAGAAGGCGAUGGGUGCUGCUGAUGCCGACGGUCCUGUCGGCUUUUGGUAGUUUUAAUGAAUCUUUUCUGCCCAUUGUGAGCAAUUGUUAUGAGGCAAGACUCGCCUCCCAUUCCCAGAUGUAUAAUGACGGACUUUCGUAAGGUGUGGGUAAUUCCUGUUUAAAAGCUUGCCUGCCUUGGUUCAAAACUGAAAGUAAAGUGUUCUUGGAUUAUAUGAUUUUCCUCUUUUGUCUUUUUGUGGAUGUGUAAAAUGUAUUUGUGACAGGAAGCUGGAAAAACAAUGCUGGUGAGCUGCAUUAUUGGAUAUCUCUGCACUGUGCACAGCUGAUCAUGAAGGUUCAAUUUUGUUAAUUUUCAGUCUGUUCAGGUUUAGUUUUUAUGAAGUGUCACCAUGUUACCUUUCUCCAGGCUUUACUGUUGCUGCAAGGCUGUCACUAUACUGGAUAUGUUCUUGCAGGAGAAGGGUGAAAGAAGGGGAGCUGCAAUUCUUGUUCAGUGAUGUACAAGAAGGGGGAUGAUGUUAAAGUAGGCUUUAUUUAACUGGGAAGGGCUUAGCUUGGCAGUUCAGCACUGGGAUGGUGAAGGUAAGAAAGAAAUGAAUACGAAUUUGUACUUCUGGUAGUAUCUUUACACCAGUUUCUCAUUCUUCUUUCUUUCCUCAUAAACAAACCAGAAUCCCAACAGCAAUGAAAGACCUUGCCCUGUUGUUUGAAAUUGAAUCUUGCAACCUUCCUAUGAGAAAACCAAUAAAUGUUUAGUAUUUAUAA